AUACGCAAUAAAGUAAAAAAUCAGAUUAUACACACAGUUUGGGAUCGUGAGAGACUGAUUGACUCUCAAAGUCAUUAAAUUACAAAAUCUUUAUUUCGUCUGAAAGUUCUAGUUAAGCUCCAAAAGCGGAAAAUAAACCCAAACAAGGAGAAAAAGUCUCAUUCUCCAGGCUCCAUCGUCUUCAUAGUCCAUUCCUUCUCGUUCAUGGAGUCUGCAUCUGGCAAUUACCACUCUCAUUUUAUUCCUUAAACUCCUUUGAUUUUGUUUUCAGAUAUAAAAAAAAACCCUAGAAAGCUUUAAGACCUCUUUCAAUUUCCCCAGAAACACCUCCUUUCCUUUCUUGGCCUUUAAGAAGUUUUUCUUUCACCACGCGUCUCUUCUCUGCCUCCAUUAGCAAGAAAUCAACCCCCGAAAGAAAGAGAGAGAGUCUCCUUUAAAUAGGAAAAAAAGGUUUUUUUUUUUUCUUUUUUCUUCCAAAUUCUGUAAUCGAUCGGUGCUUUGACUAUGCAUAGAUCUGGUACUGCAAUGGCGUGGAACGUAUUCAAAUUCUGUACGGCCUUACGAGGUCUCGGAUCGAUCAUGAUCCUCCUUGUUCUCGGUGUUGUCGGUGUUACCUACUACGCCGUGGUUUUGACUAACUAUGGACCAGCUCUGUCUCAAGGAGGGAUUGAUUCUCUUGCUGCUCUUAGUAUUCUAGUCCUCUUCCAUUUUCUCCUGGCGAUGCUUCUAUGGAGCUACUUCUCAGUUGUUUUUACCGAUCCUGGUGCUGUGCCUCCUAAUUGGAGACCAAGUACUGAUGAAGAGAGAGGUGAAUCUGAUCCGCUAAAUAGCCUGGAGUUUCUCGGUUUACAGGCAGAUUCUUCAAACCCAAGAAUUAGGUUCUGUAGAAAGUGCAAUCAACCAAAACCUUCCCGUUGCCAUCAUUGUUCUGUUUGUGGUCGGUGUGUGUUGAAGAUGGAUCACCAUUGCGUUUGGGUUGUUAACUGUGUAGGAGCACUGAAUUAUAAGUAUUUUCUUCUCUUCUUGUUCUACACAUUUUUAGAGACGACUCUUGUGACUCUGGUUCUUAUGCCGCACUUCAUAGCCUUCUUUAGCGAUGAAGAGAUACCUGGAACUCCGGGCACUCUUGCUACCACUUUUCUUGCAUUCGUUUUGAACUUGGCAUUUGCUUUGAGCGUGAUGGGUUUCUUAAUCAUGCACAUUUCUCUGGUAGCUGGCAACACCACAACUAUUGAGGCAUAUGAGAAGAAAACCAGUGCAAAAUGGCGGUAUGACCUCGGUAGAAAGAAGAACUUUGAACAGGUAUUUGGAAUGGAUAAGAGAUACUGGUUCAUCCCAGGAUACACAGAAGAAGAUUUAAGGCGAAUGCCGGAGCUGCAGGGACUUGAAUACCCUUCGAAACCCGACUUUGAUUCCCAGUAAUGCUGAAGAAGAUGACUUUGAUCAUCAUCAUCAUCAUCCCCAUGUAAAACAACAAUACGUAGAAAACAGAGAGACCCUGGAAAUGACAUUUGAUGGAGAAAUCUACUAACUUUUGAAGAAUGAUGCCUUUCACUUCUGGCAGUGUAGUGUUUUCCCACGGGGGGCAAAAACGUCAUUUUAAGUAUGGGUUUUGUAAUGGAGGAGGAUUUCUACUUAGCUUUUGUUGGUUACACAUUUGUUAUCUUCUGAAAUAGAGUUUCAUAUAUAUGAUAAAUCUUUUUACCAAAUAGCUUUUGUUUUAAAAACAAUACAGCUUGUUUUCAA